AAAGUGGCUUCAGCCGCCGCUAGCCUCGGGACAGUGAGGCAGGCGCUCAGAGUCCCGCAGCCCAGCCCGCGGCCCCGCGGCGACGCUGAGGACCGCAGAGAAUCCUGUCUGGGACCCGAUUUUACCAACCACCUGCUCCAUCCGAACAGCGUCAACUCCAUGGCGCGGUUCCUGAGACUUUGCACUUGGCUGCUGGCUCUCGGACCUGGGAUCCUGGCUACUGUGCAGGCAGAAUGCAGCCAAGACUGCGCGACAUGCAGCUACCGCCUAGUGCGCCCUGGCGACAUCAACUUCCUGGCUUGCACCCUGGAAUGUGAAGGACAACUGCCCUCUCUCAAAAUCUGGGAAACCUGCAAGGAACUCCUGCAGAUGUCCAAGCCCGAGCUUCCUCAAGAUGGCACCAACACCCUCAGAGAGAGCAGCAAGCAGGAAGAGAGCCAUGUGCUCGCCAAAAAGUAUGGGGGGUUCAUGAAGAGGUACGGAGGCUUCAUGAAGAAGAUGGAUGAACUGUACCCCGUGGAGCCCGAAGAAGAGGCCAAUGGAGGUGAAGUCCUUGCCAAGAGGUACGGGGGCUUCAUGAAGAAGGAUGCAGAGGAAGGGGACGCCCUGGCCAAUUCCUCAGACCUGCUGAAAGAGCUGCUGGGAACAGGUGACAACCGCGGGAGAGAGAGCCACCCCCAGGAUGGCAGUGACAAUGAUGAGGACGUGAGCAAGAGAUAUGGGGGCUUCAUGAGGGGCCUCAAGAGAAGCCCCCAACUGGAAGACGAGGCCAAAGAGCUGCAGAAGAGAUAUGGGGGCUUCAUGAGAAGAGUGGGCCGCCCAGAGUGGUGGAUGGACUACCAGAAGAGAUACGGGGGCUUCCUGAAGCGCUUUGCUGAGUCUCUGCCCUCCGAUGAGGAAGGAGAAAAUUAUUCCAAAGAAGUUCCCGAGAUGGAAAAAAGAUAUGGAGGAUUUAUGCGAUUUUAA